AUGAAACUACUCAUACUGGUUACAUUUUUUUCAACGAUAUCUACUUUAACAACUACUAGUAUACGUCGACGAUAUUAUCGUCCUCGCUCAUUUCGUAUCUAUUGGAAUUCUUCAAACGAAAUAUUUUCAUCGGUAUCACCAGCAAUAUUAUAUGUACAUCUUGGUGAUAAAAUUGAUUUUAUCUGUCCAAAAGUGACAAAUGAACUCGAUCCAGUUGAGUAUAGUGCACUAUAUAUUGUAUCAAAAGAAGCAUACGAACAAUGUUAUUCAAAUAAUUAUUUACCAUUAAUGUAUUGUAAUCGUCCGCUUGAAACACAAAUUUAUACAAUAACUAUUGCUCAGUUUUUACCAUAUCCCGAUGCACUCGAAUUUUAUGAACAAAAAGAAUAUUAUUUUAUAUCAACAUCAAAUGGAUACGUUGAUGGUAUCGAUCAAAUAUAUAAUGGUUUAUGUAAAACAAAAAAUAUGAGACUUAUUUUAGAUAUUCAAAAACGUUAUAAUCAUUAUUCGUCUAUAUCAAAUAAUGAAACAAGAAAUAUCAUUAUGACAAAACAAAUUUCUAAAAGAAAAAAUAUUAUAUAUAAUGUUCAAAAACAAAUAGCAUCCAAUUCAAUGUCUAUUUUAUUGUCAUUAAAACUAUUUUCUACAUGUUACAUUUUAUAUCUAUUAAAAAAAUUUUAA